AAGCUUAAAUCCUUCAUUAAUUUAAGCUUCUCCCAAAUGGCCUUACCCCUUCCACAUGAAACGCCUUCUUCUGCUUCUCAGUAGCUUAUUCUUCAUCUCUCUCUCUCUUCUGGGUUUGAAUAUUGAGUGGAGGAGGUGAUAUGGCGGCGGCGGCGGGGCUGCAGAGAAGCUACUUUGACGUGCUGGGGAUUUGUUGCUCAUCGGAAAUUCCUGUGGUGGAGAAUAUUUUGAAGGCCAUUGAAGGCGUUCGAGAGGUUACAGUUAUUGUGGCUACUAGAACCGUCAUUGUUGUUCAUGACAACCUUGUUUCCCAGACUCAAAUUGUUAAAGCCCUAAACCAAGCGAGAUUGGAAGCGAACGUUAGAGCGUACGGAGAUCAGAAAGAUCACCGGAAAAAAUGGCCGAGCCCGUACGCGGUGGCGAGUGGCCUACUGCUACUGCUGUCGUUUCUCAAAUAUGUGAACCCUAUCUUCCAGUGGCUGGCUCUCGCCGCCGUCGCCGCCGGAAUUUGGCCGAUUGCUCUCAAAAGCUUCGCCGCCGUUCGCAAUCUCAGACUCGACAUCAACAUUCUUGCUUUAAUUGCAGUGAUAGGGACGAUUGUGAUGAAGGAUUAUUUGGAAGCUGCCACCGUCGUUUUCCUCUUCACAAUCGCCGAAUGGCUCGAGUCCAGGGCCAGCCACAAGGCCAACGCCGUCAUGUCGUCCCUUCUAAGCAUUGCCCCUCAGAAAGCGGUCCUGGCCGACUCCGGCGAAGUUGUGGCCGCCGACGAGGUCAAAUUGGGGACUCUGCUGGCGGUGAAACCCGGUGAAGACAUUCCCAUCGAUGGAAUUGUUGAGGAAGGGAACUGUGAAGUGGAUGAGAAAACACUUACAGGUGAAUCUUUCCCAGUUCCCAAACAAAAGAGUUCCACUGUUUGGGCUGGUACCAUUAAUCUAAAUGGCUAUGUUACUGUGAAGACUACUGCUCUUGCUGAGGAUUGUGUGGUGGCUAAAAUGGCUAAGCUGGUUGAAGAGGCACAGAACAACAAAUCUAGAACGCAAAGGUUUAUUGACAAAUGCGCCAAAUUCUAUACUCCAGGUGUUAUAAUCAUAUCAACUUGCAUAGCGGUGAUUCCAGCUGCUCUAAGACUUCCCAAUCGCAGCCAUUGGUUUCACUUGGCCCUGGUUGUGUUAGUAAGCGCAUGCCCCUGUGCACUCAUCCUUUCCACGCCUGUUGCCUCAUUCUGUGCACUUACAAAGGCAGCAACCUCUGGUCUUCUAAUCAAAGGGGGUGACUACCUCGAAACUCUGGCCAAAAUUAAGGUCAUGGCAUUUGACAAAACUGGAACAAUUACAAGAGGUGAAUUUGUGGUGACUGAAUUUCAAGCUCUUGAUGAGGACGAUAUAAGCUUAAACACAUUGCUUUACUGGGUGUCAAGCAUUGAGAGCAAGUCUAGUCAUCCAAUGGCAGCUGCCCUUGUUGACCAUGGAAGAUCACUAUCCAUUGACCCCAAACCUGAAAAUGUGGAUGACUUUCAAAACUUUCCUGGAGAAGGUGUUCAUGGGAGAAUUGAUGGGAAAGAUAUCUAUAUCGGAAAUCGAAAAAUUGCUAUAAGAGCCAACUGCCCAACAGUCCCAGAGAUCAAAGAUGAUGCCAAGGAUGGAAGGACUGUUGGAUAUAUAUUCUGUGGAACUACGGCAGCUGGAAUGUUUAGUUUAUCCGAUUCGUGCCGAACAGGAGCUAAGGAGGCCAUGGAAGAGCUCCGGUCUCUCGGUAUAAAAACGGCUAUGCUCACCGGAGACAGUUCUGCAGCAGCCUUGCAAGCACAGAAGGAAUUGGGAAAGGCUUUAGAGACAGUUCAUGCAGAGCUUCUACCUGAAGACAAAACAAGACUCAUCAAUGACUUCAAAAGGGAGGGACCGACAGCCAUGAUUGGAGAUGGUUUAAAUGACGCUCCUGCCUUGGCCACAGCUGAUAUCGGCAUAUCGAUGGGAAUCUCAGGUUCAGCCCUUGCAAUAGAAACUGGAGAUGUAAUCCUAAUGUCUAAUGACAUCAGGAAAAUUCCAAAAGCCAUUCGACUUGCAAGAAAAGCUAAUAUGAAAGUGAUCGAAAAUGUGAUUCUUUCGGUCAUUCCUAGAACUGCUAUACUCGGCCUGGCGUUUGCUGGUCAUCCACUUGUUUGGGCAGCAGUUCUUGCUGAUGUUGGAGCAUGUGUGUUGGUUAUCCUCAACAGUAUGCUCCUGCUGCGAGGAACCAGUGAACGCAAAGGGAAAAAAGCUGGCAAGUUUUCUGCUACUCACUGUUCCUCAAAACAUGAAUGCUGUCAUGUUAGUAGUCAUUCAGAUCAACAUGGUAAUCACAGCCGGGAUCUCGGGUGCAACCAUGAAAAUUCCCACUCUCAUCAUCAUCAUCAUCAUGUGCACGAGGACCACAACUCUCACAAAAAAACUCAUGAUGGUUGCUUACCUCAGAACUGUGCUUCCACGUGUGAUUCCGGGAAGACAAAUUCAAGUUCAUGCAAGAAAAGUAAACUUGUGGACUCAAGUUCUAAGCUAGAUGAUUCUGCAGGCAGUGUAAGACCCUAUGAACAUGAACACUGCGUCCACAACCAAUCGGCUCAACAUGACCAUCACACCCAUUCGUCAUGCACUGAUCAUCAUAUUGAGGACACACAUUGCUCCCCAGAGAAUACACAAGAGUUUUGCUCGUCUUGGGAUUGUGCUUCAAAUUGUCAGUCAAGUAAAUGUGAGAAAACCGAGUGCACAAACUCACCCUCCAGCCUUGAUGGAUCUGCAGGCAGUAUUGAGAACCAUGAAAGUGGAUGUUGUACUCAUAAUAGCCGGGCUGCUCAACACAAUCAUGAAAUCCAAAUUCCUAAAUGUAAUUCGGAGAACAGCCACAUGUCCAAUCUUGAUCAUCAUAUCGAUGAUGGUUGUUGCUCUCAUAAGAACACUCAGAAGGUUUCUCUGCCUCAUUCAAAGUGUCAUUCUAAAACCUACAUUUCGAAUCCAUGUGGAAAAACCAAAUGUGCGGACUCAACUGCGCGGCAAGACGGGUCUUCAGGCAGUCUGGAACUCCUCCAAGACCAGAAGAUCAAGAAGAAUUGCACGAAAGAUGAAUGCAACAAAAGGGUUGCAAUGAUAGAUGGUUGUGCUAAAGCGAAAGGACACCUUGAAAUUAAACAUCAUUGCAACACUCAUUUCUUCGAAAAGAAUGGAACGUCAAAUAGAGAUGGUCAUGAGGGGGCUCAUCCUGAUUCGGAGGCAUGGAAUGGAGAUAGCAGUGGGUCAAUCAACACUACCAUAGUCGAGCUCGAAGCAGAUCACUUGCACUCGAAACCUGCCAAUACUUGUAAGCCUUUGGAAAAGAGAGAAACAGGUGACAGUUGUAAAAGCUGCAAAGUAGAAUGCUCAGAACUAAAACUUAAGCAAUGUUGUCCAAGUUUGGAGAAGAGAGGAAUGGGUGGAUGUUGUAAGAGCUACACGAAGGAGUGCUGUAGGAGGCGCUGUAGGAGGCACAGUGAUAUCGGGACGACACUCCGAGGAGGCCUAAAAGAAAUUAUUAUAGAAUAGAUUGUAGGUAGCUGGUUUUGAUGAUUUAUGGUAAACUUGUAACUAUGUUUUCUGAUGAUAUGAGAGUGAUUGUGUUUAGAAGCAGGCAGUGGUAAAUAACAAUGGCAUUAGAUAAAGCAUCAAUACUAGAGUACAAACAUGAUGCAAUUGAUUGUUCAUAUCCAAUUUAUGUGAUGAAAUGUA